GGCUCCCGCAGAGGGAGGUGCUCCGCGCCUCGCUCCUUCCCCCCCCACCCCCCGCUUCUCCAUUGCCGCCGACAGCCAGGGGAAGAGGCGCAGGCGGCUCGGCGCUCCCGGAGAACAGGUUCCUAAAAAUUAGCACUAUGACUGAUGGAGACUAUGAUUAUCUGAUCAAACUCCUGGCCCUCGGAGACUCUGGGGUUGGAAAAACAACAUUCCUGUACAGAUACACUGAUAACAAAUUUAACCCAAAAUUCAUCACGACAGUAGGGAUAGAUUUUCGGGAAAAACGAGUGGUAUACAACAGCAGAGGACCAAAUGGAUCUCCAGGAAAAGCCUUCAAAGUACAUCUCCAGCUUUGGGACACAGCCGGACAGGAAAGAUUUCGAAGUCUCACCACAGCGUUUUUCAGAGAUGCUAUGGGCUUUUUACUAAUGUUUGAUCUCACCAGUCAACAGAGCUUCUUAAAUGUCAGAAACUGGAUGAGUCAGCUGCAAGCCAAUGCAUAUUGUGAGAAUCCAGAUAUAGUCUUAAUUGGUAAUAAAGCUGAUUUAUCAGACCAAAGGGAGGUAAACGAAAGGCAAGCAAAAGAUCUGGCAGACAAAUACGGCAUACCGUACUUCGAAACAAGUGCUGCUACCGGCCAGAACGUGGAGAAGGCUGUGGACACGCUUCUGGACUUGAUAAUGAAGCGUAUGGAGCAGUGCGUGGACAAGACACAGGUCUCCGACACAGCCAACGGAGGAAGCUCGGGAAAGCUAGAUUCAGCAAAACCGGAGGAGAAAAAGUGUGCCUGCUAAACGUCACCUCUAAACUGUGAGAACCAAGGAAAAUAUUUCAUCAGAAUGUGGCUGACCUACCACCAAAUUCAAACCGGCUCUUUUGAGCCACGCACAGAAGCAAAGUUACAUUGUUUUAUUGGGAUUGUGCAUUUUUCUCCAAAGAACUGGUUUAAAACUAGAAGCUGUGUUUCAGUGAGGCUCUUGUGCUGAAAUGAUUCUUCCUGAUACGGUGCCAUCAUAAUGGAAAACUCUCCCACCUCUUCUUCCCCACUCCUUUUUCCCCCAGCCCUCAUCUUUAUUUUUCACGGGAUCAGGAUACUGAAUAGAGGAAAGUAGCUUUAUUUUUUUAAAAAAGGAGGGAAAGAACCUAUUGUCUGCAUACACUGGAUAUUGAAAUUAAAAUGGAGGUGGGUGGUUUUCUAGGUCUGUGCCAUUUUUCCACAGAAUCCUGUUUCUUUAUAAUACUUAAUCUGCAUCAGGGACCAUGUGUUUGCUAAGGCAGAGAUAUAAAAGAUUUUAUGUGGCCUAUUAAGAAAAAUCUUUAUCGCUUGCACAGAGUCAGAAAUGCUGUGAAUCCGUCCAGACUGAAUCACUGACACGGUGGUUAGGGGGGGUGGGGGG